GCGUGUACAUCCGCUCCAAGCAAUGGCUGAUCAUCUGCGUGAUAUUUUCUCUCUCUGGGGUCAUUUCGGCAGUGGAUGUCGAACCGUCUCCGAGAAACAACUGAUCGCGUGAGAUGUGAUUGUGAAGUAUUUCGACGCCUUCUUUCUCGUUCGACAUCUAGAUUACUGUCCAUCAUGUGGAUUCCAUCUAAACCCGAAGCUGCAAUGAAGGAAGUUCUCUUCAAUGAGCUGUACACCGAGUGCCGACUUGCAGCGCCUGGUGCUCGUCUCUCAUACAAUCUGAGGAGUAGGCUCGAGCGAUUUGGCCCGCAAGAGCGCCGUGAAAUCGUAUCCCGAAUUCGAGAAGGCUGUGCGCCACUGUUCGUUGCCUGCAAAAAAGGGAACGUGGAAAUUGUGGAAUACCUCAUUGAAUACUGCGAUGCUGAUGUUGAACAAAGGGGUAUGUAUGAAGUACCUGACGAUAGAUCCAUUCAUUUUGUUACCCCCUUAUGGUGUGCAUCUGUAGCUGGUAAACUGAGUGUUGUCAAGUGUUUAGUGGAGCACGGCGCCAAUGUAAAUAGUGUGUCUGAUACCGGUUCAACGCCAGUUAGGUCAGCAUGUUUUAUGACUCAUUAUGAUAUAGUAAAGUAUUUAGUGGAGCACAAUGCAGAUAUUCUGAAACCUAAUUAUAAUGGUGGGACAUGUUUGAUAAAUUCCGUGCAAAGUGUGCCUCUUUGUGAGUUUCUCAUCAAACAUGGAGCUGAAGUAAAUGCCCAAGAUAUCCAGUUCAAAACAGCUCUCCACUAUGCAAUACAGGAGCACCGAUUUGAAACGACAAAAUUGUUGCUUGAAAACGGGGCUGAUCCACUAAUCAAAAGCAGAUAUGGUGAUGAUGCAUUGCAAACUGCUUGUUUGAAGAGUGCAACACAUGUAUUUGAAUAUCUUUGCUCCAAGUACAACUAUUCAACAGAAAGAAUUGCUGAGGCCCACGAACUAAUGGGUACUACCUUUCUUGAAGAACACCACGAUUUAAGAAAGGCUUUACAUCACUGGCGGACGGCCCUGCAGUUAAGAUAUAGCAAUCCAAAUUCCCGUAUAGAGAAGAAGCUUGCCCCUAGGAAGGCUUCUCAUCUCUAUGCAGUUGAAUUUACCACUGUUGAAGAGUUGGAGAACUUAGUUUUAGAUUUAGAUGCCAUGCGCAUACAAUCUUUACUUGUGUGUGAAAGAAUACUUGGACCUCUUCAUCGAGAUAUGAUCUUCCGAUUGAUGUAUCGAGGUGCAGCGUAUGCUGAUAGCUUGCAAUACCUGAGAUGUAUAGACCUCUGGCGGUAUGCUUUAGAUUUACGUAUCCAAAAAGACAGUCUUCUACAUAGUGAAGUGUGUUUUGCUGCCCAAGCUCUUGUCCGCCUCUUUCUAGAUCUUCAUGAAAAACACAAUGCUGGUUUACUACGGGAAAAGAUUCAGUUUGCUGAUGUCUUUGACUCUAUUCGUCUUCUAGUAGUGAGGUUUAAAGAAUCCCAAGAACUCCUAAAUGUUAGACCUUUAUUCAAGAGACAGCAGGACAAUUUUGAUAAAAUUCUGAAAGUAGUGACACAUCUUUUUUAUGUCCUCUAUGUCAUUCCUAAAACCCCACAAGAAGUUAUAGAAAUGAGGCAAAUAAUAAGAGAAGUGAUAAGCCUUCAGCCUCGUAGUUCCAUGGGAGAUACUCUGCUGCAUCUAGUUGUUUCAAAGUCAAAUACUAUGAAAACAAAUACUUUUUUUGAAGACCCUCAUGCAAUAUUUCCUGAUCCUGGUGUAACUGAACUAAUGCUUCAGUGUGGUGCAGAUGUAGAAGCUGUGAAUUACAAUCUCAGUACUCCUUUACAUAUAGCUUCUCUUCCAUUAAAUUUUCAACCCGGUGUUGUAGAAGUGCUUUUGAAUUAUGGGGCUCACAUUGAUCGUAGGAAUGGAAAUGGUAAUCACCCUCAUUAUAUGUUACAAAGUAUAAAUGAAUGUACAAUUAAUCAUUUGCAAUAUGUGACAUUAAAGUGCUUAGCUGCUCGAAAAAUUGUGGAAAAAAACAUUUUAUUUGAAGGUGAAGUUCCUGUUAAACUAGAAGGAUUUAUUAAAAUUCAUUAAUUUUUAAGUAUUUGAGCUCAAGUUUUAAAUUGAUAUAAUUUUUUGGUACAAAAUAUGUAUGGUGUUCAGAUUCUUGAAAUGUCAGAAUCUUAUUUCCAGAGCUUUUAAUUUUUAGAUCUUGAAAUUAUGACAAAUAUGCAUUGGAAUGCAUGAUAUUUAAAAUGUUCUCUUUUAUUUUUAAAGCAAGCAAGUACAUUAAGUUGAAAAAAAAAUUUAAUUUGAAUACUUGUUUUAAAUUUUUAGUUUUCAUGGAAGUUAUUCAGAGAGUGUUUAAAAGUUUCCAAGUGCCAUUCGAGAAAAUAUGAAAUAUAAAUAUCUAAUGUACAUAAUCGAUGUUUAUUUAGUUGAUUGUACAGAUUUUGUUUGAGUUAUAUAUUCUAUUAAGUUAUUAUAUAGUGUCGUAAAGAAUUUUAUUUUGUUUUGAGACUUGGUGCAUAUGUGUUCAAGUUCCUUUUUACUAUAAAAUCAAACAAAUUAUUUUUUAUUUUAAAAUUAGUUUAUAAAUCUAUAAAUUAUUAUGAAAUGAAAGUGUUUGUGUACUAAAUUUACUUUUCUGAUAUAUUUUGUUCUGCCUCCAUCAAUAAUUUAUUAAACAAUUUUUUUAAUGAAAACCAGUACAUAUUUUCCAUAUAUAAAUAACAUUUCAUAAUUUUUUUAAAAAAGUUCAUUAAUUUAUUAGUUAGUAAAUAACUUAACUCUUUUUUUAUUUAGAGAAGAAAAUUAUAAUUUUUAUAUUGCAUAAGAAUUUAUUCUAUCUGACUGUUAUGAAUAUUUAAUUUAAUCAUUAUAUUAUCUUGGACUAGUCUCAAAUUAGAAUUUAUUUAAUGAAUAUAUAUUUAUUUUCAAUCAAUAUUAGAAAUAUGUACUGCAUACUUUUUAUUUUUAAGAAGUUCUACACAGGUGGAAAUGGUGUUUCCAUUUCAUUUCUAUAUCUUGAAAGCAUUUAUAUGAAAUGAUUGCAAUAAUUUUAAAUAUUUAAUAUAACAAUUAUUAGCUUAAAAUUUUCUUAAAGGAUAGAAUAAAUAAAUUCUUUAAAUAAAAAAAAUAUUAGGAAUUUUUUAUUCUAAAUAAGAAUUAAGAAUUUUAAUAAGAUCAUGACUCAGUGAAUUUCUCGGUGACUAAUAUUGUUUUAUUGUAUUGCACUUUUUUUAUUAAAAAUUACUCUUAAAGAGAUUUAAAAAAAAAUACUUUAAUUCUAAAAAUGGCAAUCUUUAUAAAGAUGAUUUAUGAUUUUAUUUAAUAUUUGACUAUAUAUUUUAUUAUCUGUAAGCUUUUUAGUUCUAAAAAAAGAUAUACAGUUAAUAAAAGAUAGUUGUAUUAUUGUAAAGAUUAUUUGGCUUUUUUAAAGUUGUUUUGCUUCAUUUCAAAAAAAAAAAAAAAAAAAAAAAAAGAUGUGUAAUAAUAAAAGUUUACUUUGAAAUUAUUAUUUUUACAAUUUGAAAUGAGUGAGGAUUAAUUAUUAUUAUUUACUGGAUGAUAGAAUGUAAUUAGUAUAAUGGAAUGUAAUAUUUAAGGACGAUUUAAUCUGAAAUUUAUUCAGAUGUAAAUCAAUGAUGAACUGUAGUUUGCAUUUUAAAAUUGUCAAUAUUUAAUUAAAAGUGUGGACAUUUUCUAAGUAAAAGCUUUAAAAAAUCUGAAAUAUUGACUAUUAAUGAAACAUUAAAAUUUUUUUCUUUAAUAUCCAUUUGUAAUUUAUUACAGAUUAGCAUACUAAAAGUAUUAAGUAAAUUUAUUAUGUUGACCAAAAUAGACUAUUGCAUCUUUAAAGAAAUGUACAUAUCUUUUAUAAAAAUAUUACAAUUAUAAAGUAGAUUUUAUAAUUAUUAGAUAUACAUUGAAAAAUGUUAUGUCAAUGAUAUUAUUGCAGAUCGUAAAUAAUAUCAUUGUAUUGAAAUCAGUAUUAAUAAUUUUCAUGAAAAUAUAGAUUUUUUUUUUAAAGUUAUUCAGUUUUUUUCAGUAUCAGUAGUAGGAAAAAGUACAUAAAAUAAAAUGAUUAUCAGUCCAUUGAAUUGGAUUUGCAUUAUUUAAUAAUUUUUCAUUUCUCAUAAAUAUGCUUGGUGAGCUUGAUUAUACUAUGUAGUUAUCAAAUAUGUAAUACAAUUCUGGCAGAUAUAAUCAUGUUUAUAGGAAAGAAAAAGAAAAAAAAAGUUUAAAUAUUUCUCCACAAUUAUUCAUAGAGUGUUUAAUGCAGAAAUUUUGAUAUUUCUUAUAGUUUUAAAUUUUGUUUUUCAUUCACUUAAUGAAUCAUAGAAUAGAUGUGAAUAAGACAUGUGUGGAAUGUGUUUGAUGUUAUAUGUGAUGCUAUACUGUGUAAAAUUUUGCUUCUGUCAAAUGUUAAUAUCAUUCAAAAUGCCUUUUUUUUGGGGGGGGGGAUUUACUUAUCUUUUUUCAAAUCUCAAGACUGUUAUUUUUUUUUAGUGAUUGACAAUUUUGUAUUUGUUGUUGACUGCAUGUUGUAUUAUUUUAUUUGAAACACAUUAUGACAAAAAAUUUUCUUUUGCUUUUUUCCCUUUUUCCCCUGUGAAUCCCACACAGUGCACUAAAAGCACAUUUGUAUGCAGUAUUCUCAUAAUUUUGCAAACAUUGUUUAAGAUGCUUAUUUUUCCCUUUUUGUGUUUUAAGUGUGUCAACUUGUGAUAGUAAAAAUCUAAAAUGAUCAAUGUAGACAAAUUAAAAUAUGGUUGGUGAUUUUUACUGUGAUUUUGAGCCAUCGUGUAUAUACAUUAUACAACUGAAGGGAACAUGGUGUGCUUGUUAAUUUUAGUACUGUUGCAUAUAAAUAAUUCCUCAUAUUAAGAGAUUCUGUAUUCAAAAAUAAGCUUCUAGGAACUUUUUUUUUCUAAGUUACUAUGCCUAAGUUAGGUGUAGAUUUUCAUUUGUAAUGUAUGAUGGAGUUCAUUAAAAUCAUUACUCUUGUA